AUGUUCAUAGCAACCACCUUACUGAUGGUCCGGACUAAAAGGAGGCGCCCCUUGAGCGGGGCUCCAGCGCAGGAGGGUUGGAGUAUAAAAAUAACCCUUUCUGUAUAUACUUACCUGACCACCGGGGAAAAGAGAGCCCUAAAAGAGCUACGCGAUAACACUAAUAUGGUUAUUAAAUCCGCUGACAAAGGUAACGCUACGGUCAUAUUAGACAGGGCACAUUAUAUAGGGGAGGGCCUCAGACAGCUGUCCGUGCGCAAUCAUUAUCAUCCACUCGAGGGUCCAGUCUACUUGGAAACUGCAAAGGAAGUGGAAGAUAUAUUAGAGGAUAUGGUGCAAAAGAGGGUAAUAAAUGGUAAACAAAAGAAAUAUCUGAUGGGUGAGGGCCCACCCAGACCAAGACUUUUUUACCUGUUACCGAAGAUCCAUAAAGAACCGGCGAAAUGGAGCAUACCUUUUGUAGUUCCACCCGGCCGGCCAAUAGUGUCCGAUUGUAACAGCGAGACGUACUGCACCGCGGAAUAUAUCGAGCACUUCCUCAACCCUCUCUCCACCAGACAUCCAAGCUAUUUAAAAGAUACGUACGAUUUUAUUUCCAAAAUUGGCAAACUUAAAAUUCCAUCAAACUCCUUUUUGUUCACCAUUGACAUAGACAGUCUAUACACCAAUAUUGAUACCCCUACUGGCAUUACAGCAGUCCAAAACUGUAUGAAAAAAUACCCCGACCCCCAUAGGCCAGAUGAACAUCUCCUAAAACUAUUAGAGAUAAACCUGACUAAAAAUGACUUCGAAUUCGACUCUAAAUUUUACCUGCAAGUCAAGGGAACGGCCAUGGGGAAAAAGUUUGCACCAUCGUACGCUAACAUUUUCAUGGCGGAUUGGGAGCAAACGGCCCUCGCGACCUCCGCCUUGAAACCGCUAGCUUACUUCCAGUGAAGGCUUUUAAAGGCAUAGUUAUCAGCCCUGAUGACUUUGCCGAUUUCUUUAGGCAGGCUGGACAACGGGGGCUCCCAAUCAGAUGGGUUCCACCGCCACAGCCUGUAUGGGCCGAAGGGCUACGUGGAGGUCCUGAGGAGGAGCUUCCUCCUCAAAAGACCAGUCCCCUCUGGCUGGAGGGGGUGUGACAGUGCGCUGUCGGGGGCAGAGAGUAGGAGAGGUUUGUAUUGACACAUUUUGGUGGCUAACAUUCUGUCUUACAGGGUCAAUGCCAACGGAGGGCUGGACUGAUGACGGCGGUUGAGUCUGCAGAGGAGCUCGACUGGUGGAAGCGACCACCGCGGCGUAAGUGCGAGGAGGUUCUCUCGCUGGAGGCUCUGCAACGACAUUCUGUGCCGAAGUGCCGCUGGUUAGUUUACACACUUAUGUGUAAAUUGCUGGUGGUUAUGUGUCUACUAAUAAACUCUGUGAGUUUCCUUUGCAGUGCUCAGUUAC